AUGGAUGAGAGUGAGCAGAGAGUGGAGACAGGAGGAGAUGCUCGGGGUGCGGGAGAGUCCGAGGUGCAAUCUCCGUCCCCGGGACACGCGCCUCCUCCUCAUCCUCAUGAUCCUCAUCCUCAUCCUCCUGCGCAGCCUCCUCCUCACCGCGUCACCAACUUCUUCAUCGACAACAUCCUGCGGCCGGAUUUCGGACGCAGAAAGACGGAUGAGUGUGUGCUGAGACGGAAUGAGAGCAGCCCGGGACAGCCGGGAGAAGACACUGGGGGACAGGUCCGACAGGUGACCACCACGGAGAGCACCUCCACACUGCACACCGGCAAGAAAGCAGACACUGGGACAAGCGAUGAGCCGCUGAAAGCGCGAGGAGACAGCAAGGAGCAGUGCCUGAGCUCGGACCCGGAGCUUUCUCAACCCAACUCGUCCAGUUUAACCCAGAGCCAGUCCAUGCUGUGGCCCGCGUGGGUUUACUGCACACGUUACUCGGACAGACCCUCGGCAGGUCCCCGAACCCGCAGACCAAAGAAGAAGAGCAGCAGCAGCAGCAGCAGCAGCAAGGAGGACAAGCGGCCACGCACCGCCUUCACAGCCGAGCAGCUGCAGCGCCUAAAGGCAGAGUUCCAGUCGAACCGCUACCUGACGGAGCAGCGGCGGCAGAGCCUGGCUAACGAGCUGGGCCUUAACGAGUCGCAGAUCAAAAUCUGGUUUCAGAACAAGAGGGCCAAGAUCAAGAAGGCUUCAGGAAUGAAGAACACACUGGCGCUGCACCUGAUGGCCCAGGGCCUGUAUAACCACUCCACCACCACUAAGGACGACAAAUCAGACAGCGACUGA